CAUGAAAAGCAAACAAAACUUUGUAACUUUUCAAUGUGUUCAAAUUUUGCGGAUUCUUUUUUUUGGUCGGUUUUUUUUUUUGUUGUUGUUGCAGAGUCUUUGAUGAAUCAAAGGCUCUUCUAUAUUAAGAGAAACUCCUGAGCGUUAGAUACAAGAGAGCUACAAGAAAGCGAAAGAGAGAAGCAGAAAAGGAAAGAGAAAGAUCUUUUUUUUUUUUUCUUUCUUUAUUAACAUUAACUCAAAGCUCUGCUCUUCUCUGCUCUUUUUCUCACCAGUUAAAAUAAGGAACAAUUUUAUUAUAUUUUUUAAUUAUAAGGAACAAUAUUUUUGUUGUCUACCAGCAUAAAAAGUCAGCUGUACAAGGUAUAUUUUGGAGUAUAUAUUAAAGGAAAGGUCUUGAUCUGAAGAUUGAAGAUUCUUUAUUGGAUCCUAUGAUAAGGUAUCGCAAUGGUGUCGAUGAACAUGGAGAAGAAAUGGGUGUUUCCGCUUGUGAUAACUUCUCUCAUAUGCACGUUCCUUCUUGUCACUUCCUUCAAUAUGGGGGUUGUUACUUCAGUUUACAAAAUCAAUUCAGUCUUCUCCAUUUUGCCGGCUCAUACUUCGAUGAACCAAAGAAAGCCGGGCUAUGCUGAAUCGAAGAUUGACCUAGGUACCCCACCACCUCCUCCUGGUCCAACAGUACCUCGUUUUGCUUAUUUGGUUUCUGGAUCAAAAGGUGAUCUGGAAAAGCUUUGGAGAACUCUUCAUGCCCUGUAUCAUCCACGGAAUCAAUAUGUGGUCCAUUUGGACCUUGAGGCACCUGCAGAGGAAAGAUUGACACUUGCUUCCAGAAUAAAAAACCAUACAAUUUUCUCCAAAGUUGGGAAUGUUUAUAUGAUCACCAAGGCUAAUAUGGUUACUUAUAGAGGACCCACCAUGGUUGCUAGUACUCUUCAUGCUUGUGCCAUUCUUCUCAAGAGAAGUAAAGAUUGGGAUUGGUUUAUCAAUCUCAGUGCAUCAGAUUAUCCUCUUGUGACUCAAGAUGAUCUUCUUUAUGCAUUUUCGGCUUUAAACCGGAACCUUAAUUUUAUUGAGCACACAAGUCAGCUUGGCUGGAAAGCGGACAAAAGAGCGAUGCCUUUGAUUAUAGAUCCUGGACUCUACAUGUCAACCAAGUCUGAUGUAUUUUGGGCCACACCAAGAAGAACAUUACCUACUGCAUUUAAAUUAUUUACUGGUUCAGCAUGGACAGUUUUGUCACAUUCAUUUGUAGAGUUCUGUGUCUGGGGUUGGGAUAAUCUACCAAGAACUAUUCUCAUGUACUACACAAACUUUCUCUCCUCACCUGAAGGCUACUUUCAGACUGUCAUAUGCAAUGUUCCAGAGUUCGCUAAGACCGUCGUAAAUCAUGAUAUGCAUUAUAUUUCAUGGGACACUCCCCCUAAACAGCACCCGCACGUCCUUACCCUUAAUGACACGGACAAUAUGGUUAGGAGUAAUGCUGCAUUUGCUCGGAAAUUCAAACAAGAUGAUCCUGUCUUGGAUAAGAUUGAUAAGGAUUUGCUUGGCCGGUCAAGGGGGAGCUUCACCCCAGGUGCUUGGUGCUCUGGCAAACCAAAAUGUUCGAAAGUUGGAGACUUGAACAAGAUCAAGCCAGGUCCAGGAGCUCAAAGGCUUCUCCAACUCAUAACUAGGUUAGCCAUGAAAGCUAAUCUUGGUCAAGGUCAGUGUAAAUAGGUUUCAUGAUUGGGAAAGUUCAAUCAUUGAGGCAGCACAGCUGGGAAAAUUGUAUCUAAUAGAAGAAUUUUAAUAACGGGCAUUGCUCAUCUGGCCAAAUAACUUAAGGUUAAUCUUAGUUUUGCUGCAA